GAGUUAUUAUGGGUAUCAUGCGGUGUGCGAUGUUUUUACUGGCGAUUGCCACUAUCUCCUGUGCCAGUGUCUUACCAAUUUACAGCUCCCAAUAUUCACAUGUUCGUUACCAGGGAGUUACAAAAACUUCACAGCAAAAGGACAAAGAACAGUCAUCAGAUGAGAAUCUUGACAUAUUCGAGAAUUCUACUCCUCUCGGAGAUAUUGCAUCCACUUCAGACUACCUUAUUCCAAACGAUAUAACAGUAGAACCGGAAUCGGAACAAGUGGAUUUUAUAUUUUUUCCUAAUGAAAACGCCAAUAUUGAACUACUAGACGAUGUGGAAGAUUCCAAUGAAGAAACAAACACGGAACUUGCGGAAGUCGAUCCCAAGCCACAAGAAAUGUAUUACAUCCUACAUCCGAAUGGUCUGUUACGAAAAGUUGUUUAUAUCAGGAAUAACAAAGAUGAAAUUGGCCAACUGCAGUUUGGAAAUCCUGUACCAAUAAUUGAACCGGUAUUCACUUAUGACCCUAGUACGUUCGUGUUCCAGAGACUUCAGUUGUUUUCCGGAUGAAUAUGUGAAAUGUGUAUGUUUCUGUUACUCAAUUUUUUUUUUAGUUUUGUAAUGAAUAAAAACUU